GGUGCAAGUUGGGCAGCAAAAAGGUAUAGGUGCGGAGCCAGGGAAUGAAAUUCAAAAAUUAUGGCGAUGGAAGUAGAAACCCAAACUCAAUCUCAAUUAGGGUUUCCGUUCUGGAGCCCAAUUCGUCGACGGUUUCGUCCUGAUGAUCCCUUCUUCACAGCCGGUAACAUUCAAAGAGAGCUUUUUGCUAAGCAGCUUGCAUUGGAUUUGACCGAAGAAGAGAAGCAGCUGGUUCAAAAUAUCACCGAUGAGGAAAGCAGCAAUGUCUUCUGUCCAAUCGUUGGUUGUGGUGCACGGAUGAGGUCCCUGGAUGACUUUGAACACCACUAUGCUACGCGACAUACUGCAUCCUGCUCUGUCUGCUCUCGAGUUUACCCAACAUCACGCCUGCUCAGCAUACAUGUAUCAGAGGCACAUGAUUCUUUUUUUCAGGCAAAAGUAGCUCGUGGAUUUCCGAUGUAUGAAUGCCUGGUGGAAGGAUGUGAUGUCAAGUUGAAGAGCUACAAAAGCAGGCAGCAACAUCUAGUUGACAAGCAUAAAUUUCCAGCAACUUAUGAGUUCUUCAGAAAAGCUCGUCCAUCAAAGAAACAGAGGCAGAAAAUCCACCAUAAACAAGCAUCGCGCAAGACUCGGGAAACAUCAAGUGCAAUGCAAGUCGAGGAUGAAACUAUGGACAAUCUCGUUUCAGCAGUAUCAAAAUUAACCACUUCAGACUCUCCUUCAGCAAUCAGCUUUGGCCGUAGUAGGGCUCGAGGAUUGUCAUUUGUGCCUCGUGCUGUAAAUCGGCAGAUAGGACCAGUCACCUCAACAGGUGGAACGCAAAAGUAGCAGCCUGCCAAUGGAACAUACAAUCACUGGAAGUUAUCAGACCUGUAUUACAAAAGAGAAUUUGAAGCUGAUCUUUUGAGCAUCUGCCUGCCACUGAAAUUGGGUACAAUGGAAUUUCAUGCCGGUACUGACAUGUUAACCAAUGCUCAUUAUUUCUUGCUCCAAGUGUCGUAUUUUUGUCUAUCCAAAGCUUGUAUAAACCUCUUGCCAGAAAGAUGGAAGAGAUAGCUCUCACAUAUGCGUAUGCAGAAAGUAGUACGCUUUGGAGGGCAGAAUUUUUCUGGAAAAAACAAAUGAGCUCGAUCCAAACUUGUGGAAAAUUUAGUUGGCUGGUUUAUUGCUUUAAAAAGUUAGGGGUUUUGACACAGUUACCCACAAAAAUAAAACUAUUUACCCUUGUCUA